ACGGUGGGCGGGGCCUCGGGGACCCCGACAGCCCGCGCACUCAGCAGGAGCCUCCGCCGCCGUCGCCCGCGUCUUCAGGCCCUCGCCGCUUCCUCGCCAGAGACCGGGGCUCUGCCGCCAUGUCCACCGCGGAGGAGGUUGACGGGCUGGGCGUGGCCCGGCCGCACUAUGGCUCUGUCCUGGAUAAUGAGAGACUCACUGCAGAGGAGAUGGAUGAGAGGAGGCGACAGAAUGUGGCUUAUGAGUACCUUUGUCAUUUGGAAGAAGCAAAGAGGUGGAUGGAGGCAUGCCUAGGGGAGGAUCUGCCACCCACCACAGAGCUGGAGGAGGGGCUGAGGAAUGGAGUGUACCUUGCCAAACUAGGCAACUUCUUCUCUCCCAAAGUGGUGUCCCUGAAAAAAAUCUAUGACCGAGAGCAGACCAGGUACAAGGCAACUGGCCUCCACUUCAGACACACCGACAACGUGAUCCAGUGGUUGAAUGCCAUGGAUGAGAUUGGAUUGCCCAAGAUUUUUUACCCAGAAACAACAGACAUCUAUGAUCGGAAGAACAUGCCGCGAUGCAUCUACUGCAUCCAUGCGCUCAGUUUGUACCUGUUCAAACUAGGGCUGGCACCUCAGAUUCAAGACCUGUAUGGCAAGGUUGACUUCACAGAAGAAGAAAUCAACAACAUGAAGAUUGAGCUGGAGAAGUACGGGAUUCAGAUGCCCGCCUUCAGCAAGAUCGGCGGCAUCCUGGCCAACGAGCUCUCGGUGGAUGAGGCAGCUCUACAUGCUGCUGUCAUUGCUAUCAACGAAGCCAUCGACCGAAGGAUUCCAGUGGACACAUUUGCAGCUCUGAAAAACCCCAACGCCAUGCUCAUAAACCUCGAAGAGCCCCUGGCUCCCACCUACCAGGAUGUGCUUUACCAGGCCAAGCAGGACAAAAUGACAAGCGCCAAAAACAGGACAGAAAACUCGGACAGAGAAAGAGAUGUUUACGAGGAGCUGCUCACCCAGGCAGAGAUUCAAGGCAAUGUGAACAAAGUGAAUACGCUGUCUGCACUGGAGAGUAUCGACCUGGCCUUGGAGCAGGGGGCGGCGCCCGCCUUGUUCAAGGCCCUGCAGUCACCCGCUCUGGCGCUGCGGGGCUUGCAGCAGCCCAACAGCGACUGGUACUUGAAGCAGCUCCUGAGUGACAGGCAGCAGAAGCGACAGCAUGGCCAGGCUGAUCGCCUGCAGAAGGAGGAGGUGCAGGCUGGAGUGGACGCUGCGAACUCUGCCGCCCAGCAGUACCAGAGAAGACUGGCGGCUGUGGCAGCCAUAAACGCCGCCAUCCAGAAGGGAGUCGCAGAGAAGACGGUGUUGGAGCUGAUGAACCCCGAGGCCCAGCUGCCCCAGGUGUAUCCGUUCGCUGCUGACCUGUACCAGAAGGAGCUGGCCACCCUGCAGCAGCAGAGUCCUGAACACAGCCUCACGCAUCCCGAGCUCUCGGUCGCCGUGGAGAUGCUGUCCUCGGUGGCCCUCAUCAACAGGGCGCUGGAGUCCGGAGACAUGAGUACAGUGUGGAAGCAGCUGAGCAGCUCAGUGACGGGCCUCACCAACAUCGAGGAGGAGAACUGUCAGAGGUAUCUGGAUGAGUUGAUGAAACUGAAAGCUCAGGCACAUGCAGAGAACAACGCCUUCAUUACCUGGAAUGACAUCCAGGCUUGUGUGGACCAAGUCAACCUGGUGGUGCAAGAGGAGCAUGAGCGUAUUUUGGCCAUUGGUCUAAUUAAUGAAGCUCUGGAUGAAGGAGACGCCCAGAAGACGCUGCAGGCUCUGCAGAUUCCUGCAGCCAAGCUGGAGGGGGUCCUUGCGGGAGUGGCCCAGCACUACCAGGACACCCUGAUCCGCGCCAAGAGAGAAAAGGCCCAGGAAACCCAGGAUGAGUCAGCUGUGUUGUGGUUGGAUGAAAUUCAAGGUGGAAUCUGGCAGUCCAACAAAGACACCCAGGAAGCACAGCGGUUUGCCUUGGGAGUUUUUGCCAUUAACGAGGCAGUAGAGAGCGGUGAUGUUGGCAGAACACUGAGCGCCCUCCGUUCCCCGGAUGUUGGCUUGUACGGAGUCAUCCCCGAGUGUGGCGAGACCUACCAGAGUGACCUUGCUGAAGCCAAGAGGAAAAAACUGGCAGCAGGGGACAGCAGCAGCAAGUGGGUGAAGCACUGGGUCAAGGGUGGAUAUUAUUACUACCACAACCUGGAGACGCAAGGAGGAGGGUGGGACGAGCCCCCGGACUUCGUGCAGAAUUCGAGGCAGCUGUGUCGGGAGGAAAUCCAGAGCUCCAUCUCGGGGGUGACUGCUGCGUACAAUCGAGAACAGCUGUGGCUGGCCAACGAAGGCUUGAUCACCAAGCUGCAGGCCUGCUGCCGUGGAUACCUGGUUCGGCAGGAGUUCCGAACCAGGAUGAACUUCCUGAAGAAACAAAUCCCUGCUAUCACCUGCAUUCAGUCCCAGUGGAGAGGAUACAAGCAGAAGAAGGCAUAUCAAGAUCGGUUAGCCUACCUGCGCUCCCACAGAGAUGAAGUCGUGAAGAUUCAGUCUCUGGCCAGGAUGCAUCAAGCCAGAAAGCGCUACAGAGACCGCCUGCAAUAUUUCCGAGACCACAUAAAUGACAUCAUCAAAAUCCAGGCUUUUAUUCGGGCAAACAAAGCUCGUGACGACUACAAGACUCUGAUCAAUGCUGAGGACCCUCCCAUGAUUGUGGUCCGUAAGUUUGUCCACCUCCUGGACCAGAGUGAUCAGGACUUCCAGGAGGAACUUGACCUUAUGAAGAUACGGGAAGAAGUCAUCACCCUCAUCCGGUCCAACCAGCAGCUGGAGAAUGACCUCAAUCUCAUGGACAUCAAAAUUGGACUGCUUGUGAAAAAUAAAAUCACACUGCAGGAUGUGGUUUCCCACAGUAAAAAACUUACCAAAAAAAACAAGGAACAGUUGUCUGACAUGAUGAUGCUAAACAAGCAGAAAGGAGGCCUGAAGGCUUUGAGCAAGGAGAAGAGAGAGAGGCUGGAAGCUUAUCAGCACCUGUUCUACCUACUGCAAACCAAUCCCACCUAUCUGGCCAAGCUGAUCUUCCAGAUGCCUCAGAACAAGUCCACCAAGUUCAUGGACUCUGUGAUCUUCACCUUGUACAACUACGCAUCCAACCAGAGAGAGGAGUACCUGCUCCUGCGGCUCUUCAAGACGGCACUCCAGGAGGAGAUCAAAUCAAAGGUGGAUCAGAUUCAAGAGAUUGUCACAGGAAACCCUACAGUUAUUAAGAUGGUUGUCAGUUUCAAUCGUGGCGCCCGGGGCCAAAAUGCUCUGAGACAGAUCUUGGCUCCUGUCGUGAAAGAGAUCAUGGACGACAAAUCUCUCAACAUCAAAACCGACCCAGUGGAUAUCUAUAAGUCCUGGGUGAACCAGAUGGAGUCUCAGACUGGGGAGGCCAGCAAAUUGCCCUAUGACGUGACCCCUGAGCAGGCCCUGGCUCACGAUGAGGUGAAGACACGGCUAGACAACUCCAUCAGGAACAUGAGGGCUGUGACAGACAAGUUUCUCUCAGCCAUCAUCAGCUCUGUGGACAAAAUCCCCUAUGGGAUGCGCUUCAUCGCCAAGGUGCUGAAGGACUCCUUGCAUGAGAAGUUCCCUGAUGCUGGUGAGGACGAGCUGCUGAAGAUUAUUGGUAACCUGCUGUACUACCGGUACAUGAACCCCGCCAUUGUGGCCCCCGACGCCUUCGAUAUCAUCGACCUGUCGGCAGGAGGCCAGCUCACCACAGACCAACGCCGAAAUCUGGGCUCCAUUGCGAAGAUGCUCCAGCACGCAGCCUCCAAUAAAAUGUUUCUGGGAGACAAUGCCCACUUAAGCAUCAUUAACGAGUACCUCUCCCAGUCCUACCAGAAAUUCAGACGCUUCUUCCAGACGGCUUGCGAUGUCCCUGAGCUUCAGGACAAAUUCAAUGUGGACGAGUACUCCGACCUGGUGACGCUCACCAAGCCUGUUAUCUACAUCUCCAUCGGUGAGAUCAUCAACACCCACACCCUCCUGCUGGACCACCAGGACGCCAUUGCCCCCGAGCACAACGACCCGAUCCACGAGCUCCUGGAUGACCUCGGCGAGGUGCCCACCAUGGAGUCCCUGCUGGGGGAGAGCUGCGGCAGCCUAAAUGACCCAAGUAAGGAGGCGCUGGCCAAGACAGAAGUGUCUCUCACCCUGACCAACAAGUUCGAUGUGCCCGGAGAUGGGAACGUGGAAAUGGACGCCCGUGCCAUCUUACUGAACACAAAACGUUUAAUCGUGGAUGUCAUCCGUUUCCAGCCAGGAGAUACCUUGUCUGAGAUCCUAGAAACACCAGCCACCAGUGAACAGGAAGCCGAGCACCAGAGGGCCAUGCAAAGACGCGCCAUCCGCGAUGCCAAAACUCCCGACAAGAUGAAAAAGUCCCGCUCUGUGAAGGAAGACAGCAACCUCAGUCUCCAGGAGAAGAAGGAAAAGAUCCAGACGGGUCUGAAGAAGCUGACAGAGCUUGGGACCGUGGACCCAAAGAACAAAUACCAGGAGCUCAUCAACGACAUUGCCAGGGAUAUUCGCAAUCAACGGAGAUACCGGCAGAGGAGGAAGGCCGAGCUAGUGAAAUUGCAACAAACCUACACUGCUCUGAACUCAAAGGCCACCUUCUAUGGUGAGCAGGUGGACUACUACAAAAGCUACAUCAAAACCUGCUUGGAUAACUUAGCCAGCAAGGGCAACAGGGUCUCCAAAAAGCCUAGAGAAAUGAAAGGCAAGAAAAGCAAGAAGAUCUCACUGAAAUACACAGCGGCCAGGCUGCAUGAAAAGGGAGUUCUCCUGGAGAUUGAGGACCUGCAAGUCAACCAGUUUAAAAAUGUUAUCUUUGAAAUCAGUCCAACGGAAGAAGUUGGAGACUUUGAGGUGAAAGCCAAAUUCAUGGGCGUGCAGAUGGAGACGUUUAUGUUGCAUUAUCAGGACCUGCUGCAGCUGCAGUACGAAGGUGUUGCGGUCAUGAAGUUGUUUGAUAAAGCUAAAGUGAAUGUCAACCUUCUCAUCUUCCUUCUCAACAAGAAGUUCUACGGGAAGUAAUGGCCGUUUGCCGCCAGCCCAGGAACAUGAAGGAAAGAGAACUUCGCCGCUGCCUUUCUGGGAUGCCUCUACUCCUCGGAAGCAAAGACCUAGCCCACCAGGGUGCCCCAAUCUGAUAGGCUCCCCGUGCCCCUUUUGUAACUCCUUUCAUCCAGACAGGACCAGUCACCCUCUUCUAGUGAACUGUUACAGGCGUAGUCUCCUGCUCCUUGUCUUCCUCCAUCACUGUGGGCAGAGAGAGCGCGCUACCUCUCCAUCACUGCACUGUGAGCUCUGUGUCUUUUACUUAGCAAUAACAUGGAGAUCCUCAUUAUUCACAGGUGGGCGCGAUCAGUACCAAUAACACCCACCGAAACACAAGGAAACAAACCAUCGGCUAUCAGCAGGUACUGGUGUCAUUGCAGCAUGAGGCUCUCAUUUUUCUCCCAUUCUUUUUCCUCUGUUUCUUCUGGGGGCAGAAGCUCGUGCACGACGUCACCACUGUGUUCAGAGAAGAAAUACUGGUUCUCCCUUCACUGCCAGCCAUGGGUGGGGCUAUUGGCCUGAUGCCCUCACUAGUAGAAAGGGGUGCACGGGGGUGAGCUCCCAGACAGCCCCCUCCCCACAGCAAGGAGCUGUCCAGAAAUAGAACGGAAUUGUUUCAAACCUUUUGUCAAGAGUGCCUUAUUAAAGCAUAGACUUAUUUCUUAAAAUGUGAGUGAUAGGUAUCUCAAGAUUUAAAUAAUGCUUCAAAAGCCUUUCAAAUACUGAGAAAAAGGAUUAUUUUUUAAAUGGUUUAUCUGUAUAUCUGAAUUCAAGGAUUUUUUACCUUCAGGAUUGCAGAGACAAUCCUUGAAGAAGCUCAGUCAACCCAGAAAAAAUCAAAACUUCUUCCUACUUCCGUCUGGCUGCCCACAGUUGUGCCUUUUAUUUUAUGAACCCUUGUUUGUUAAGCAAAAUCAUUUCUAAAUAUUGAAUUUAGAAGCUUUUGUUCUUGGAUAAAAAGCCACAUUUUUUUUUUAACCUGUACAUCCAAGAAAAUUAGGUAAAUCAUGCUACUGAGCCUCCAGUUUUUCUGAUGUUUUGGUUCAGUGUUCUCUUCUAAAACCCAAAAGUUAAACUAACAUUGACAUUUUUACUGAUGUAUAUUUGAGGCCAAUAAACUUAAAUUCAUCACAAAUCAUGUGCUGUGUCCCUAUUCCAAAGGGAAGUCUUGGAGAGGUGUUGGUCAUGGCGGACGUCUGGCUGCGGGCAUAGCCCGUGGGGAGGAGUGGCCAUCACCUUGCUUUCACUUUGUCUCACAUUAAGCUGGGUCUGGUGGCACACACCUGUAGUCCCGGAUCUCAGGAGGCAGAGGCAGGAGGGCUGUAAAAGGUGAGCCAGGGGCUACAGAGCAAGAUCCUGACUCAGGAAGAAAAAGAAAGAUGCGCGGCCUCAAAUCUGAGACACAGAAGGUGUUUUCUAAAAACGCCCUUUCCGACUGCCGAGCCACGGGCUGCUUCCGUGACUUGGAAGGAUUGUAGGUCUCGGAACACAGCCUCAGGCAGAACACUCCCGCAAAAUCCAAGUGUUUGCACACCAAGCCUCCUGACUCCCCAAGGCCUCCAUGCUGGACCGGGCCAGCCGCGCGCGCUUCCUCCUGUUUAUUAGCUGUGGCUUCUGUCCCCUCUCCCCUGACCUUCUCCUUGGCCAUCAUGACAUUUAAGUGAAUUUCCUUCCUCCCCAGCAUCUGACUGCACGUUUGACGGUUACUUUGAAUAAAAGGUCAUUUGUUCCCA